UCGUGUCUCCCUCUAAACCCUACGUUCUCUUCUUACCUUUUCUCUCUACUUUUCUACGGUUCGUAUCCGCCAUUUCCUUCGAUUUUACAGAAUUAAAAUUUGCUAUUUGUAGUUGCUGUUUUCACCGCCAUUAACGGCUCUGUGCAUAAAUAUAUUUGCUCUCUUCGAUAACAGCAUGGACCCGCCCUGCUGUUAAGGCUUCGUUUCGAAGCCUUCACAACAGGCUUCCAUUAACGAUUUGCUGUUAAUUUUGGCCUAGAUAUCGACUGGUUUUAUGAGGUGGGGCGCACCAGAAAAUCACCAAGAAUUUCCCAUCCCCUUCUUAUUUCAAUAAUCUGGUUGUCUGCAAUUUUUUGCCUGAUCUCUCUGAAAAGCUAUCAAAGAAUGCAGCCAUCCGUGUUUGCAUAUUCAAACUCAAACAAAUGCAGGACAAAGGCUCUUGUAGCUCGAAUAUAACAGUAGGGUCAAGGAUUCAAAAUUAGGUCGAAAGACAUAACCGAGCUGAAAAAAAUGCAGAAAAAGGGGACGAUUCUUAUGCAAAAGUAUGAAUUGGGGAGGCUCUUAGGCCAAGGGACCUUUGCAAAGGUCUACUAUGCGAGAAACCUUGCGACUGCUCAGAGCGUUGCCAUUAAAGUGAUCGACAAAGAGAAGAUCCUCAAAGUGGGAAUGAUCGAUCAAAUCAAACGAGAAAUCUCUGUCAUGAGGCUGGUUCGACACUCCAAUGUGGUCCAACUGUAUGAAGUCAUGGCUAGCAAAACAAAAAUAUAUUUUUGCAUGGAGUAUGUGAAAGGAGGCGAGCUCUUCAACAAGGUGGCCAAAGGCAAGCUCAAAGAAGAAAUAGCGAGGAAGUAUUUUCAGCAACUUGUUAGCGCUGUUGAUUUUUGCCAUAGUCGUGGGGUUUAUCAUAGAGAUUUGAAGCCUGAAAAUUUGCUUCUCGAUGAGGAGGGAAACCUGAAGGUAUCUGAUUUUGGCCUCAGUGCUUUGGCUGAAUCAAAGAGGCAAGAUGGUUUGCUCCAUACCACUUGUGGAACUCCGGCUUAUGUUCCACCUGAGGUUAUAAGCAAGAAGGGCUAUGAUGGAGCUAAGGCUGAUAUAUGGUCUUGUGGGGUUGUUUUAUUUGUUUUGAUGGCUGGUUAUCUUCCAUUUCAUGACCCAAAUCUGAUGGAGAUGUACAAAAAGAUCAGUAAGGGAGAAUUCAAGUUCCCACCAUGGUUCUCACCAGAUGCUCGGAGGCUUUUAUCCAAGCUAUUGGACCCAAACCCGACCUCACGAAUCACCAUGGCUAUGCUCAUUGAGAGCCCCUGGUUCAAGAAGGGGUUCAAGCCAAUAGAGUCUUUGCAACCCCCAUUGGUGGUUAAUUCAGAAAUUGGUGAUGUGGACUUGGCUUUCGAUUCGAGCCUUGAAAAUGGGGAAGGAGAGAAAAAGGGAGUGGAGAAGGGUCCUGUGAAACCCACUUGCUUAAACGCCUUUGAUAUAAUCUCUCUCUCUCCUGGUUUCGACCUCUCGGGCCUUUUCGAGAAGGAGAACAACCCAAAGCCAGAGGCGAGGUUCACAACCCAGCAACCAGUUUCAAGAAUUGUGUCUAAACUCGAAGAGAUUGCAGAAACAGAGAGGUUCAAGGUGAAGAAGAAAGAUGGGUUGGUGAAAUUGCAAGGGUCAAAGGAGGGGCGAAAGGGUCAAUUGGCCAUUGAUGCCGAGAUCUUUGAGGUGACCCCUACUUUUUUUGUUGUGGAGGUGAAGAAAUCAGCUGGUGAUACAUUAGAAUAUCAGACGUUUUGCAACCAAGAGCUAAAGCCUUCACUUGAAGAUAUAGUGUGGGCUUGGCAAGGGGACAUGAAGCAACCACAACAGCAGCCACUACAACAACCAGCGUAGUUACUGUUUUGCCUAUAAAUUUUUUUGUUCUUUUUUCAUUUUUGUUCUUCUCUCUAUGCUCUCUGUACUUCUGUUGAUGGGCUGUGCAGGGGGUUGCUUGUUUAAAGAUCUGCUCGCUUCCUAUGAAAAGUUUUGCAGAGCAUUUGAUCGUAAUGUAUUUUUGUUCUCUCAAAAUGAAAGGGAUAUGUAGAUGCAUCAGUAAUUCUAAUGCAUUAUUUACCCAAGAAUUGGACAUGUAGACAUUUAUGUAAUUAUAGAGCAUCUAUUGACAUUCACCC